UAGUUCAGGACACGGCACAGACGGUCCUAUAUCGGAGUAAGCGACUAAAUAAUAAUUAACUAGGGACAGCCUGUCAGAUACACACAAAUACCUUUUCAGAGAGCAUUCUCUUGAAAUCUCAAACCGACAAAUUCAAGAUGGGGAACAAGCAGUGUGCUACUAAAGACGUAGCCAUCCUGGCUUCGGUCGCUCGAGACGUCUGUCCAUUCCCAGACUACCGCCCAAGUCCUCUUUUUGUCAACAUGCUGUCCAUCAACUCUUCACUUCACCUGAGGAACCACUACAGGGAGGUGCAGUCCUCCCUGACCCCCAAGCAGCUGGACGACUUCACCCAGGGCCUGAGGACCACUUUUGGCCGGGAAGGGAAGGUCACCCUUGGUGGGGUGGGGGUAGUGGCCCUGUCCCUGGCUGUGCUGUUUGACACUCUGGCCAGACAGGUCAGGGGAGAGUGGGUGUCGGACUCUGGGCCCAUUCCAGGUUUAUUUCUCAAAGAUCCGAGAGGGUUCUACCCACCACAUGCCAAAGCGAUCAGCGAGUACCUGAGGCUGGUACCCUACAUUGCAAACAACCCGUCAAGGAUGAUAGAGGAGUCAAAGAGGUACUACAAGGAGGUCAUGAUUGAAACUGUGGACAAGAACCAGAGCCCGACCUGUGAUGACAUCUACGUGGUCAACAGCAAAUUAGAGAAAUUAUUCGAACACCGUUUGCACAUUUACCUCCUCCAAGUUACCAACUCCACCGUUGUAAAAGAGAUAGUUAAGUCUGUUAGGAAGCUGAACAGAAUGAAAGGAAACCCAGUCCAAACUAGAUAUGAAAGUGGUCCUGAAAUCAGUACUAUCUUCAAUCUGAACUGUGAUCCAGAUGCAGCUACCGCAGAGUUUUUGUCUGAAGUGAACAAAUCAAACAAGACGAAAAAAGCUUUUAAACGAUGUCGACCUCAGGACCCAACGGAGACGUGGCUGCCUUUCAUUGCCAGGCUAGCCUUGCUAGACGUCGUCCAGGGCUCCCUUUUUCUUUUUGACAAUAUUCACCACUCACUGAAAGUUAAAAGGGAAGAUUUUGACCUGAAGGACAAUGCGCUCAGAAAGUGGGCAGAGUAGUUCUUUGAUCAACUGUCCAUAUCAUAGACUGUAUAUAAAUAAUGGACGUAGUGAUAGUGACGCCACCCGUUGGUUUGUGGCCCGUUGGAAGCAUCAAGUUCAGCGUUACACUCGUCGCCAUCUUGUUUCCGAUAUGGGGAGCAGACCAUAUUUGGACUGUGGAGGAGAGGGAUCUGAUCACUGACUACAGCCUCUCUACACCUCAACCUGACUGAGAGAAGCUGCUGCUGGGAUGUUCAUUUUGGCUAGCAAAAAUCAAAAACAAAAUGUAAGUUACUGACCUCAGAAAACUGAGCAGCGACUCCUUGGAGUGUCUGUUAGUCCAACGAAAUGCUGAACAAGACGUUCAAAUCAACCGUCAUUAAGUGAAAAUACAGUGAACAGGGUUCGUACGGGUGUUUGAAAUCCUUGAAAAUGCUUGAAUUUAAAUGUUGUAUUUUCAAGGUUUAAAAAGUGCUUGGAUUUUGGAUAAAGUGCUUGUAAAUGCUUGAAAUUCUUACUGUAUUUCUCUUUCAAUCUGACUAUGUCCAUCUAUAGAUUAUUGUUAAUCACAUGUUCAAUGUAAAAAUAAUGAGUAGCCUAUCUGAAAUGAAGACCGUUCCUCCUAAAAGUGUAACACCAUCACUGUUGGUAUGGUUAAGUGAAAUCUCCCCUUUUUAGUAUGUAAGUACUCAUCUAAAACAUGCAAUUUACAACCGUUGUAAUAUACUGGAAAAGCUUGAAAAUGGACCUUGAAAUUCCUUGAAAAAUGCUUGAAUUUACCACUGAAAAAGUGUAUGAACCCUGAGUGAAAGGGUCAAAGUUAUGAGACCAAACUGGUAAAUGUCCUUUUUCAUAUCUUGCCAUGGAUACGCAUUGUUCUGCUUCUCUCUUGAUGACGGCUCGCCUUGUUAGUGACCUGUCAAUCAAAGGUAGCCACGCCCCAAAUCAUAAGAUUCUUAAUAUUUUGCUUUCUUCUAAAUGGGGCCAUUAUCUGAACUAUUAAAAUCAAAUUGUCUUGAAGAAUAUUUUUUACUAGUUUGAUUGAGACCAUAGCAUUGUCAUAAAAAACAUUUUCUGAGGUAAUACAUCAAGUGAGAAGUUUUAUCAUUUUGAAUGGAAAUUAAUGGACAGAAAUGUUUGCUUGGAAAAUGCUGGUGUCUUAGUAGGAUGCAGCUUAAGGCACUUCCUGGUUCGACUCCCUUCUCCCCUGCUCAAACCUGGAGGUUGUUGCCUGGUUCAUAUGCUGACGAAAAAAUCUAUUAUAAUAAAAGUUUAAAUUCAGUACUGUGUAAUAAUUGUCACGCUAUUAAAUAUAUAUAUAUAUAUAUAUACACAUAUAUAUAUAUAUAUAUACACAUAUAUAUAUAUAUAUAUAUACAUAUAUAUUAAUUAUAUUAUUUGUGACAUAGGUAACAAAACUAAAAGAGGUAUGAAGCAAAACACUCAUUCAUUCAAACACAUGGAGCCUGUCUAGUAGUGGUUAGUUAGCUGAUGUGUUGUUCACUUAAAGAAAACACAGAAUCCAAAGCAUAUUCAGCCACAAAAAUAACUUUAAUGCAAAAGUGAUUUCAAUGCCAGUAGCCAUGAGGCUCUGAAUGAACAGGCUGUGAGAGUAUAUUUCAAAGGUUGACUCCAACAAACGUCCCUAAGCAAUAAAUGAUAAACACUUUUUUUUCAAAGCUAAAUCACUGAUCUGGCACUGUUCUCUUAAGAACCUGUGUAUUUCCUCCACUUGACUCUUGACUCUAAUUAAAAUAUUUGUUUAGCAUUUAAAUCGACUGGCAUGUCCUGUUAUUCCUUCCUCGAUUAUUUUUUGUUUCUCCAUUAAUUUAUAAUAUAUAUAAUAAUAUACUAUGUCCAUGUUUUUAUUUUUGUAGUCUUAUGUUGACAUUGACCAAUAAUGCCAUCUAGUGGCGAAAUGUGAUAACAGAAUUUGAUGCAUUUUAGUGGUUUUGUGAAGCAGUGACAACAUUAAUUUGUACGCAGUGAAACAAAUGUUUUUAUUCCAAUGACCACAUAUUAAAGUCAUUCAAAUAAAAUUACAAAA